ACAGCUUGUAUUUUCUUUGCAAAACACACUUGUCUGGGUUGCUGAGAGCCUUGAAGAAUGUAAAUACCGGACGGCUUUUCUUGUGGAAGGACUUGAGUUGUGAAAACACGUUUGAGAAGUUCUUGCAUUGUUGAAUGGAAGCGUUAUGAAUUAUGGUUGGGCUGAAGUCUUCAGUCGAAUAAUGUAACAUCGAUGUUUUGACGAAUUCACUGCUGGUUUUUGCUCUCUGGGGAAUGUUUUAGCAACAGCUGAACUAAAGGCCAAACUUUAGAGCACACAAAAACGCCAUCUUUUAUCGAGGAAAAACCACGCUGAACAAGGAGUCUACCGUUGUAAACCAGGAGCUUCGAGAUUGCAAGGAUGUUCUCAAAAAGCGUUAUUCACGUCGAGGUUCUGUCUCUGGAGUUAUGCCAGAAGACUGAGGAAUGGGCGGAAAGCGUACGGGAAAGAUUUGGGACUAUUGCGGGCGCGAAAAACGACGACCACGAUCAUUUAGCACAAGAAGGUCGGGACAUUAUUGACUGUGGGAUACGAUUAAUGCAGUGCGUGGAACAGAGCCCAUCCAGUGUGGAUCGUAUCGUUGCCGAGCUCAAAGGCGUUUCAUCGAAGGAAAAGAGUGAAAAACCUGAGUCGGAAGAGCCGUCGACCCCAAAGACGCAUCCAGCUUCGUCCGACCGCGAAGACACAAACAACGACAUCCUAACACCAACAGCAUUUCCAAGCGUGUUCUCCGAUAGUGGUAUCGAUGUGACUGAGGAAAAUAAGAACGAGAACCACUUGUCCACGAUGAAUGGUCUCACGGCGGGGCACAAGAAUUACGAGCCGUUAGAAAGCAUCAAUGCAUUACGGGAUACGUUACGUCAUUUGAAACAGACUACGGACAAAGCUGUGGUACGCUUUCUCGUUCGCUCUCGCGAUGUGUUGCGAGAAGAAGUGAAAAGUCAAAAUGAUAUUGACCGUGAUGAGAAGCUCUUGGGUCUAAUAUCAGAUCUGCUACGCAACAAACACGAAACGGAAAAGCAACUUAAAGAGCUGUCAUGUACAAACGACGAUAAAAAUCCGUUGUCUGAGCUAGAAAAAUCACUGUGCUAUGUUCUGGUCGACAAGGCGCUAUUGAAUUGUUUGCUGGUGUUAGACAAGGCACUCAUGGAAGGAAAACUAACCGACUGCGAGCUGAACGUACAAUGCGGCACAACGCCGUCAGGACCAAGGCUUGUAUCGGAGUUUUCGCAAGCCUUGAACGAUAAGAGGCAAUUUUUGGAGCUGAACGAAGAGUUGAAGCGAAAGGACGCGCUCGUGCAUAAGAUGAGAACCCAAAUCCGCGAGCUCUCAAGCGAGAAAUUGAGACUGGAAGGCGAGAAUAAAAGUCUCGUAGAAAAAAGCCGUUUGUGGCAACUCAAAAGCGAAGAUGAAGAAAUGAGAAACUCCGUUAUCGACAGCGAUAGGCAACGCUUAAAGGAGAAGGUUUUAUUCCUCGAGGAAAGCAUGAAAGGUUUACAGUCUUCCACGGAGCAUUUGAGACAGCAAUUGCAGACGUUGGAGCAAGAAGACGAUGCUUCUAGACAGGAAAAUAAACUUCUGAAAGAAAAACUUCACUGUUAUUCAGAGAAAGCAAAGCAAGACGGAGACAGAAGCCGGGAAACUGGCGGUGAAAAUCCAAGCUCGUCAACAACCGGAGGCAAACUUUACGAUCCAAAUCUCACGACGGACAAAAUGGACUCGUUGUUAAACGAAAAUUUGAAAUUACGCAACAGGAUCGAGACACUGGAAGCUGGCGAUUGUGAAUUACGAGAGAAGCUGACGAGUUUGACGCGUGCGCAUAAGGAAGGGAUCCGACGGAAGAACGACGAAUUGCAAGUACUCGAGGAGCAAAAUAGGACACUUCAGGACGACCUAGAUACGCGCUUGACGGAAAUCGUUUUACUAAAAGCUCAAGUUGUAGAAAUGCAGAAAACGGGUUGUUCUAAGCACGAAACUCAUGCAGUCGCCAACCAGAAUGGAAUCGCUGAGAAUUUGUCAUCUUUCAACGGGAUUUUGGCCGACAGAGAGCUGCAACAGAUUCAGGAGUUGUCACAUCGAGCGAAGACGUCCGAGCAUCGUCUCGAAGAGUAUACGGCACUUCUCGAAGACCUGACGAAGAGGAAGCAAAUUUUAGUGAAUAAACUGGAAAUGGUCGGCGCUGUGACUGUGAUAAAGAACGAGUGCGAUGUUCCCGAUGGCUAUACGGAAGCUAUCGAUGGUCUGUUACGAUCCCAGAGCUCUCUCAUCGAGAAAGGAGUUUUAUCGAUUCUCAGCGAGAGGGAAGAGAAAGAAAACCAACGCCGAUCACUUGAGGAAGAGAACAGGCGUCUGCGAUUCACUGCAGAAGCUCUCGAGACCGAGAACCUUCUGCUGCAAGUUCAAGUGAGUGAUCUCACACAGACCGUUGAAGAACUGGAGGAUGAUCUCAUUUAUACGAAGUGCGGUGGGAAGCCAGGGAAGGGAAAACGUCCAGGGACACCCGGCAACAGUUCGGGACACCGGGUGACAUUUGAUGUUGAGACGGACAAAAAAGAGGAUGAGAAGUUGGAGUGUUUGAUUCAGAACGCGAAACAGCGUUGCGUAAAUUUGGAGAAGCAAGUUCGCAGCAACACGAGUCUGCUGAAGUCAACUCAACACAAAAAUGAGAAUUUGAUAAAAGACUACGAGGAACUACGGCGGGAAAAUUGCAAUCUGAGACAAUACUUGGACGAAGGUCAGAGAACCAACAAGAUUUUGCAUAUCAAGAUUGCUGAACUAGAGGAACGCUUGCAAGCAGUUGACGAUAAUAAAAGCUUGGAUGAAAUGGAAAAGCAGAGCUUGCUAGAUCGAUUGAAGAUCUUUGAAGGCCAAAUUAAGUUCCUUAAAGUCGAGAAAGAAGCUAUGAGAUCUCGUAUGAACAGUUUGCAAUACGAUUCAAACAGCUUAGAUAGCAAACCACGGUCGCCUUAUUCGAAAUUCUUCCUCCUGGAAGAAACUCCCAACGAAAUUCCUCCAAAAGAGAGUGGUCUGGUCGAUGAGAUUGAACGGUUGAAAAACAAGUCGAAAAAGCAAUCAGCCAGAAGUCGAAUCUUGCAAAGCGAGAUGUUCGAAUUUCUGGACGAUAUAAGGUGUUUGGAAAGCGAAUUAGGUUCGGUCGUGGAUGGGUUUUGUCCGUCGGACCUUGGGGCAGCCCCUCAGAAUGGUGUGAAAGAGGAACAGGGUGUCAUGCCCCUGGAGCGUGGUUCCCCCACCCUUUCGAGAAACACCUGGGGGUUCGAAGCAAGUUUAUGCCAACAAAACGGUAUGGCGCCAGUUAUGGUGGAAAUUGUAGAACUUUUGAAGUCAACAGUCCAUCGUCUGCAACGGAUUUCCAGAAGUUCGUCUUCCGCUUCGUCGGAGGGUGUCGAUUGCUUGGACGGAAGACGGGACUCGAACAACAGACGCGGCGAUAUCACGAAACAACUUUCUGAUAAUAUCGCACAAUUGCGCAAAGAGAAGCAGGUCCUGCAAAGAGAGGUUCUGGCUUUGAAAGCCAUCUCGGAAAGCACCCUUGAACUUCAGUCUGCGGAGGAUGUACGCAAAGCGAACGAGAGAAACCGCACUUGGGACUUACGGAAACAAGUCUUGAACUCUGUACAACGGAACUCGGAACUGGAAGGAGAGAUUCUGGACUAUUUGACGAAGAAAUGGGCUCUCGAAUCAGAGCUUGAGGAGCUGAAAGAACGCAUCUUAAAUCUGAAAGACGAAAGGAAUAUCUUGCUCUCGUUAGGCGACGGCGAGCGCUCGCCAUGUCUCGGACAAACCUGGGGAAAGUCGUAUGAGAAGGGCAUGAGGAAUUUUUGUUUCGUGAAAAGUGGUGGAAGUGGGUUUGAGGUUCACGACGUGUUACGAAUUGAACCCGAUCUUGACAACGAGGAUGUUUUCAGUUGUCCAUCUGACGAGGGAGUAUGUCACAGUCCAGAUCGUGAGGCCAGUAGCUGUGAUAGUGGUUAUCACGAGGAGGGACAUGCUGGGUCUGUGAGUGAUAAAGGGGAUAGCGGACUACACUGCCGGUUUUCAACGCCGUUUCCCACAACACGACCUCUGAAUGUCAGUUACUAUGAUAACUCGCAAGGUGCGGAUAAAAACGUCAGCGAGCCGUUGCCUAUGACAACAGCAACAGAGAAGAAGCCGAAGGGAAUUUUGAAAAAGAGAAAUCGCAAGGAACAUAGUGAAUGUGUGUCUACGAAGCCAGCUAAACUUCUUGUAUCAUAACUUGUCGUUUGGUGGAAUUUGAAUUUCAACUUUAUUGCGUCCGAAAUGGUUUACAUACAAUGUGUAUCGCAUGUUUGUUAACUGAAAGGUUUCCCAUUGCCUUUUCCUAUUACGAAUUAAAACAAGAAGUGAACAUAAGUUGGUGAAGUUUCAUAGUAAAUGACACCGUUUGAAUUAAUGAAAUCGUUGUUUGAGAACAACUUUUACCAAAACGAAAUCGAUCUUAAUAUCAAAGGAAGAACUACAAUACUGUAGAAAACAAUCAAUUUUGUGACGUUUUAAUAUAUAGAUUUACAAAAAGUAGGAUAUACAUUAUAAUACUGACCAGACCAUAAAUAACUUCUCAUGAAAUCUGGUUCAGUUACUGCCCAAAAUUUACCGCCCAAAAUAUAGUUUCGACGUAAGGGCCUGGGGAAGGGUAUAUUUUAGGCAAUUACUAAAUAUCAUUCGAUGGGCUCGAGGAAUCAAAAGAUAUACAAUGAUAACGUCUUUAGCCACUACAAAGAAACAGGAUUUAUAUUAAUCAAAUUAGAAAGACAUAUUAUAGAGUAUAUCUAAAUGUUUAAUAAUAUAUUUUAGUACUAUGCAAUGCUGUAUUGUUCAUUAGAUUUGCAAUUCACGCGUACGGUACAGUAGGAAACAACGUUUACAAGAGCUGUAGUUGCAUUGUAAUUGCUGGUAAAUCUGCUCUUGACGUAUAUUUCCAUGAUGUUAUUUUAUUCGGUAAACCAUGCAUUGAAUUCAGGCUGAUGUUUUGAAAAAAUCUACAAUUUUUAUCGAGAUAUUUCAGUU